AUGUAUCUCAUGUGUAUAUUUGUCAAAAUAUUUGUAGUUUGGCAAAGAGAUUUGAAACUAAUAGUUACACCCUUUUUGUCUAUUCCCACUGUACCAGUAGUAGGACCAUUUCUCGCAAGUGUAUUUGAUCUAUUCUUCCCCAAACCACCUGAAAAGGAGAUGGUUUCAAAAGAGGAUUUGGAAAAGAGAUUGGAUGAAUUUAGAAUUCAAAUGGAAGGUAUCAUGGAUAAAAAGAUUGCCGAGAGUGAAGUUCAAACAUGGAAGAGAAUUUGUGAAGCAUUCUUUAAAGGAUUGGUUGAUAAUAUGGAAGUAUUGAGAACCAAGGUUGGUGUAUUAAAGAUUCGUUUAAGAGAAGGUGAAGCUGACAGUACUCUCAAGACUUAUGUUCGUGAAUCUUUUGAAUCUCUCAGAGUCCAAGUCAAAGCAAUCAUUCGAUUCUGUGGUAACCAUGCAAUGGUUGAUAACGUAGUCCCAUACUAUUUAGAUAGUUUAUUCAUCUAUAUUGUUGUCAUGGCUAAUUUAAAUGCAUUCUGGUAUCAAUUAGAAGUUGAUGAAUUAUUUGUAACUGGGUAUCCAGGAACUGAAGAGGAUGAAAAGGUUGAAUCAUUUAAUGAAAUGGUCGACAAGGUGUUGGUGAGAGCUGUCAAUGAUUUGGCUAUUGCUGGAUCGAGAUGCCUCAGAGACAAAAAGACUAAGGAGAUGGAACUACUCAAUGAAAAAGGGCCAUACAUUUUAAAGUAUAAUCAACUCAUGUAUCCAGUCCAAUUGAUUGAACAUCCUGAAAAGAUUCGUCGUCUCUACACAUCAUUCCAAGAAAGAAACCUAAUUUUCGAGCCAUCAAACCUUCCCAAUAUUACCAAACCCUAUAUUUAUCGUUUCGAUGCUGCCUUUUUCUACCCACCCUCAUGUUGGGAUUACGAUCAUGAUGGUAGAGAUAUCCCCAAGUAUGUCGAACCAUUUAGUGGAUGCACUGGUGUUUAUGAUCUCGGAGACUCCUGUCUCCCCAUCAAACUGCCAGCCAAGAGAUGGGUACAACUUCGUUUCUAUGGUAUCUUUUACAAAAAGAAAACCACAUUGGCUGUGAACGAUGCACCUCUCGAGUACAAGUUGGAUGUCCCAAUGAAAUGUGUCGAUAUGGCUACCGAGAAUGGUCAAUCCGAGGCUGGUCUCAUCUACACCAAAAAGAUGUACACUGAUUUCAUCCGCGUUUCAUUUAUGUCGACAUUUGAACCAACCACAGGGUUCCCUGAGAUAUCAAUGACAUCACUCUUUGGUAAUAAUAAUGCCAAUAUCGAACCAGUCAAAACAGCCCAACAACUGAUCGAUGAAAAAAGAAUUGAAAAGAUCUUGUUUGUCGAGGUCAUUGUCGCCGAUGCAUCAGAACCUGCUCCUCCAGUACAAGAUCAAAUGGCUAAUGAUUUUUAUGGAUACUAUCUGCCACCUCCUACAGAGACUGGUUCUGGGUUGCCUAGAUUUCCCGGAUCGGGAUUGUAUGGCCCAGGUCCUAACCCUCCAAUUAGUAGCAGUAGUAGUAGUAGUAGUAGUAGUAGUAGUAGUAGUAGUAGUAGUAGUUAUUAUUAUACAUUUUUAAAUAUGCCAAAAGUAGGAAAAUUUGCAAAAGCUAAAGGAAAGUUUAUUAAAUCAUCCAAAGAUAAACUAAGAGCUAAAAAGGAUGAAUUUGUUCAAAAUCUAAAGAGUGAUCCUUUCUCUUGUAUCAGUGCAAAGGAUAUCGUUGACUUUUGUCAAGACCCAGAAGGUGUCAUCAAGAAUCUUGUCAAUGAUCCUGAUCUACUUCCUUCACUUGUCAGUGGUGCUUUAUCAUUAGUACCGGUAGUAGGACCAUUACUUGCAAGUGUAUUUGAUCUAUUCUUCCCCAAACCACCUGAAAAGGAGAUGGUUUCAAAAGAGGAUUUGGAAAAGAGAUUGGAUGAGUUUAGAAUUCAAAUGGAAGGUAUCAUGGAUAAAAAGAUUCAAGAAAGUGAAGUUCAAACAUGGAAGAGAAUUUGUGAAGCAUUCUUUAAAGGAUUGGUCGAUAAUAUGGAAGUAUUGAGAACCAAAGUUGGCGUAUUAAAGAUUCGUUUAAGAGAAGGUGAAGCUGACAGUACUCUCAAGACCUAUGUUCGUGAAUCUUUUGAAUCUCUCAGAGUCCAAGUCAAAGCAAUCAUUCGAUUCUGUGGUAACCAUGCAAUGGUUGAUAACGUAGUCCCAUACUAUUUAGAUAGUUUAUUCAUCUAUAUUGUUGUCAUGGCUAAUUUAAAUGCAUUCUGGUAUCAAUUAGAAGUUGAUGAAUUAUUUGUAACUGGGUAUCCAGAAACCGAAGAGGAUGAAAAGGUUGAAUCAUUCACUGAAAUGGUUGAUAAGGUGUUGGUGAGAGCUGUCAAUGAUUUGGCUAUUGCUGGAUCAAGAUACCUCAGAGACAAAAAGACCGAUGAACUACAACUCAUCAUUGACAAAGGACCACAACUAUUAAAGUUGAAUCAACUCAUGUAUCCAGUUCAAUUGAUUGAACAUCCUGAAAAGAUUCGUCGUAGAUACUCAUCGUUUGAAGAUAGAGAGGUCGAAGUCAUCGCGGAAAACCUUCCAAAUAAUGACAAGCCGUACAUCUAUCGUUUCGACGGUGCCAUUUUCUACCCAGCUCCAAAACAAGAUUAUACUUUUGGUAGAGAUAUUCCAAAGUAUGUCGAACCAUUUAGUGAAUGCACUGGAGUGUUUAAUAUCAAAGGUUCCUGUCUUCCCAUCAAACUGCCAACCAAGCGAUGGAUUCAGCUUCGUAUCUAUGAGGCCGAGAGACCAGACACUGGCAGACGUGAAAAGAUCCUAUUUGUCGAGGUCAUCGUCGCCGAUGCAUCAGAACCUGCACCAACUAAUGUGGUUGUAGAACAACCAAAUAGAUGGGGUGACAAUAGGGUAGCUGAAAAGAUUAAUCAGCACAUGGUUAGAGUUAGUGGUUACCUUUUAAAACUUGGUAGGGUUUAA